ACAAACAUCCCAGACACGACUCACAUCCUGAAGCUCGACGCAAACUGCAAACACUGCAAGGCAAAAAAAAUUGUGUCUGAGACUGACGGCUUCUGCUGUCGCAAUGGCCAGAUCGAACUUAAACAACCUGAGCCAAUCCCAGAGCUGAUGAGGCUAUGGUCAAGCAUGGAUGCAGAUUCUAGACAUUUUCGGGAAAACAUACGCUUCUUCAACGGGCAUUUCACCUUCACAACCCUUGGCGUCAGCCUUGAUGAGAACUACACAAACAUGAAGUCUGGGGUGUACACAUUCCGGGCACACGGCACCAUCUACCACAAUGUGCAUUCGUUCGGGCCUAGCUCCCGUCCUGAGCAUCUGUAGUUAUACUUCUAUGAUGAUGACCCAACCAUCACUCAUCGUAAGGCGGCCACCAAGCAAUUAGACCAAGAUGUCGUGAAGAAGUUAGUAGACAUACUCAAAGAAAACCCGUACUCCCAGCAAUUUAGGAGUUUGGGUGCACACAAGGACAACCUCGAUGAUUACAGGAUAGACCUAAACACCGAUAAAAGGCUUGACCAAAGAAGAUAUAACAGACCGUUGUCAUCUGAGGUCGCUGCAAUUUGGGUUGAGGGCAACGACCUAGCAAAAAGGUUUGACCGGAGGAUAACACUUUGUGGUAAUAACAACGAAAGGCACAGUAUACAUGUGACCUCCGGAGCAUAUGACCCUUUGUCUUAUCCCCUAUUCUAUCCAAGGGGAGAACUAGGUUGGCAUCCGAAGCUACCUAAACGUAAUGUUCCUUUGGAGGUUGUACUAAAUCCUCAACUGGUCCAUGAUGAUGAUGAGGAUGCAGAGGGCAACAGCAGGUUGUGCGUCUCUGUCAGAGACUACUACUGUUACAUGCUGCAGACACGGCCUGCGAUCUUUAAUCCCAUACUCUGUGGAGCACGCCUCUUGCAGCAAUGGGCCGUCGACAUGUACGUCAAGAUUGAAAGUUGUCGGUUAAGGUGGUACAAGAAGAACCAGACACAGAUUCGUGCCGACUUGUAUAAAGGAGUUGUUGAUGCGAUCACAUCGGGGGAGACACGAGCAAGCGCUGUUGGGGUAAGAAUAGUUCUCCCUGGAACAUACCCUGGUGGCGACCGCGACAUGAAGAAGAGGCAUAUGGAUGCCAUGGCAAUUGUACAUACAUACGGGAAGCCUGACAUCUUCUUGACCAUGACUUGCAAUCCAAAAUGGGAAGAGAUAACGAAUGAGUUGCUGCCUGGUCAGACGGCGCAAGACCGACCUGAUAUUGUGGCUCGCGUGUUCUUUGGCAAACUAGAGGCUAUGAAGGACAUGUUGUUCAAGAAGCACAUCCUGGGUGUUGUUGUCGCAUAUGUAUAUGUUGUCGAGUUUCAAAAAAGGGGCCUCCCACACGCACAUUUUCUGUUGAUCAUGGACUCAACAUAUAAGCUUAUCGUCCCCGAGCAGUAUGACCGACUCAUUUCCGCAGAGCUCCCAGACAAGCAUAAGUAUCCGGAAUUGUAUGCAAUGGUGGUAAAACAUAUGAUGCACGGACCAUGCGGUGCUCUAAACCCGAAGAAUGUUUGCAUGCAAGAAAACGGAUGCAAGUGCAGAUACCCGCGGUCGUUCAAUGAAAACACAGCACAGGGGAAGGACUCGUACCCAGUUUAUCGACGUAGAGACGAUGGUAGGCGUGCUAAGGUCCGAGGGAAGAUGUUGGACAACAGAUGGGUUGUGCCUUAUAACCCAUACCUUCUGCGGAUGUUCAAUUGCCACAUCAACGUUGAGGUCUGCUCGAGCAUAAAGGCCGUCAAAUAUCUUUACAAGUACAUUUACAAGGGCCAUGAUAAGGCUUCUUUCAGCAUCGACCAGCCCGACGCCGAUGGUAACAUUGAUGAGAUCAAGAGAUACGUUGACACAAGGUGGAUCACCCCUCCGGAGGCUAUGUGGAGGAUAUUUGGCUUUCCACUUUGCGCCAACUACCCUCCUGUCUUGCAGUUGCCUCUUCAUCUCCCGAAUAUGCACAGGGUCGCAUUCAAUGCCCAGGCUGACUUGAAAAAUGUUGUCGCCUCAGAAAAUAUUUCAAAAUCCAUGUUAACGGAGUAUUUCAAGGCUAACCAGGAACACCCUCGGGCUAGAAAUAUAUUGUACAAGGAUUUUUCCGGAAGCUUCACGUGGCAGAAGAAAAAGAAGUUUUGGAAGCCGCGGGUCGAGCGUUUUCAAAUAGGUCACAUCGUGUCUGCCAAUCCUGUCGAGGGGGACCGAUACUAUCUGCGUGUGUUGCUAAACCAUGUUACGGGCAAAACAUCCUUUGACGACUUGCUCACCGUGGACGGCGUGCUAUGUGGGAGCUUUAGAGAGGCUGCUGAAAGGUUGGGACUCAUCGAGGCAGACAACACGCUCGACGACUGUCUUACUGAGGCUGAGCAGUGGGCGAUGCCAUGUUCUCUUAGGAGGCUCUUCGCAACCAUCUUGAUGCACUGCGAGCCAGGCGACGUGCGUGGUUUAUGGGAUAGGCAUGAAGGAAGUAUGUCAUACUAA